AUGGGCAACUGCACCAAACCAUCUAUGAAAGACAAAACGAAGAAGGACAGAGAGCUGAGACCAGAGGAGCUUGAUGAGCUUCGUGAGGCGUUUGUGGAGUUUGAUAAGAAUAAAGAUGGCUACAUCAGUCACAAGGACCUGGGUGAGUGUAUGAGGACCAUGGGAUACAUGCCAACAGAGAUGGAGCUCAUCGAGCUGAGCCAGCAGAUCUGUGAGUGUAACAGUGGAGGUAAAGUGGACUUUGAAGACUUUGUGGAACUGAUGGGACCCAAGAUGCUGGCAGAGACAGCAGACAUGAUUGGAGUCAAAGAACUAAGAGAUGCAUUCAAAGAGUUUGACUCUAACGGUGACGGUCAGAUCAGUUUAACGGAGCUUCGUGAGGCCAUGAAGAAGCUGAUGGGAGAGCAGGUGACCAACAGAGAAAUCAACGAGAUCCUACGAGAUGUCGACCUCAACGGAGACGGCCUGGUGGACUUUGAGGAAUUUGUGAGAAUGAUGUCCCGCUGA